CAGAGACCAGGUCCCUGCCUGCAAUAUGAAAGUGUUAAAAGUGCUGGCGCAGCAGGCCUUCAGCUUGGGAGCGCAAGAGCUGCAGCUGCAAGCAUGGGGUGGCACAGCCGGGAGGCUGUACUCUGUGGGCCUGGACUUGGCUGCCCUUGACACGCGCAUUGUGGUCAAGCUGCCCAUCACAGAUGCCGGGGUGGAGGCAGCUGGUCUCCUGAGAUCUCAAGGCGUCAGACUCACUCUGACAGGUGUGUACACAGCACAUCAAGCAUUCACGGCAAUGGCCGCUAAGGCGGAUUAUGCGGCGCCUUACCUUGGCAGGAUGAAUGAUGCCGGCAAAAACGGCCGUGGAGAGAUUGUGAGCAUGCAGCAGAUGAUCGAUGCAAUGGGCAGCAGCAUGCGCUUGUUGGUCGCCAGCGUGAGAUCGCCUGAAGACAUCGUUGCACUUGCCUCCCGGGGCUGCGACACUUUCACCAUCUCCCCACAAUGCGCCGAUCAACUCUUCGGCGAACCAAUGACAUGGCAAGCCGCACAGCAAUUUGAGCGCGAUGCUGCUUCCUUGGGAGCUUCUUGAGGCUGUCAGAGGAGUCGGCUGCAGUGCAGGGACCUCUGAUGUCAACAAUUCUGGUCACCCCAAUUUCUGGCAUGGCUACGUAGUGUACAACUGUGAGUUUCCAGCAAUCAGUUGGAUGCUGUGCAUCAUUGCUGCUUGCUCAUGAUCAAGGUAUGAAUGCUUCCAGUUGGUCUUUGCAAGUUCUGUCAUCCUGGACGGAGCAGAGAUGCCACUGUAAUUCGGUCUAUUUGUUCUGGAUCCUUAAGCACGUGUAACUAAGACG